AUGACAAGCACUCAACCAAUCCAUCAAACCAGUAAUGUCGUCGUUGACGAGCGUCGCGUUCGCUUUAGCCCAGACGUCCCAAGAAGCUACCCCAAUCGGGCGGGUACUUUGUCAGAGCUGGAAUGCAAUGCCAUGUUCUACUCUGCACAGGAGUACCGUGACGUGAUGCUAUCCAUUCGAUCCACCCUUAUAGAACUGAAGGUUGGCAAAAAUCCUGACUACGAGUUGCUUCGAGGUCUCGAGCAAAUGUUGACGGCGCCCUACGAGGGUACCCACCGCAGAGAAGCUUUCUUCGAUUCAUUCUUUACUACUCAGAGUCUACUGCAUCAGCAGAAGCAUAAGGAAGAGGCUCUCUCUCAACUGGCAAGAACUUAUACCGAGGACGACCAAGCCAGAGCCAGACGACUGGCAAAACAAGAUGAAAAAGACGCAAAGAAAGUCUACAAGGAACAAGAUACUAGUAAGAGCUUUGGCGUGUCAAGAACGUUCAAGAAACAAAGCAAGGGCAGCAGGUUCCUCCGCACCAAGUCCUUAAAGCUCAAAUCCGUCCGAACCUCCUUGUUUGCAUGGUGA